GGGGCCGCAUGUGAACAGGUCAGAGGGGCAGUCUGACGCCGGCUAGCCUGUCAAAUGAAACCCUUGUUGAAUAACUUCUCGUAUUCUCGUCAUUUGUUAUCACAAAGGAGGGCGACCGACGCACGAAAACACCGGCAGACAUGUCGUACUGUAAACAAGAAGGUAAAGAUCGCAUCAUCUUUGUGACCAAGGAAGACCACGAGGCUCCCAGCAACGCUGAGCUGAUCGCCGAUGACCCCGACGAUCCUUACGAGGAGCAGGGCCUGAUUCUGCCAAAUGGAGACAUAAACUGGAACUGUCCCUGUCUGGGGGGCAUGGCCAGCGGCCCGUGCGGCUCUCAGUUCAAGGAGGCUUUCUCGUGCUUCCACUACAGCAAGGAAGAGGUGAAGGGCUCCGAGUGCAUCGACAACUUCCGCAACAUGCAAGAGUGCAUGCAGAGGUACCCCGAGCUCUAUCCCCAGGAGGAAGACAAGGAAAGCUCCUCCCAAGAAGAGUCCAGCUCUGCUUCUUCGUCCGCCGCCUCGUCUGACAAUUCUGCCUUAUCAUCUGAGAUGGACUCUUCUCAGGUCUCUUCAGUAGUCUCUUCUGACAGCACUUCACCUACAGACAACCACGCCGCCAGCUAAAGUCAAAUCAGUCACCAUCCGCAGGCUCUAGUUGUUUUUGUACAAACACUGCCCGGCAUCAAUGAAUCUCCUUGAGUAGUUGCGAUUGGUCCUUUGUCCCGUUCAAGCCUUUGGAGAGGGCUCACUGACACAGCUCUGACACUCGUGGGAAAUAUUCACAGGCCAUCAGGGGAAGACUUGCUGAGAAAUGUAGCGUUGGUACAAAAAUACAGGGUGCUCAUUUUGCUGAGAACUCAAAUAUUAUUGAAUGAUAUGAUUACCGAUAUUGGGCCGCGCUGAUGUCUGCAGGGACGUUGGCUAAAAGACUCACUUUAUAUGCAACAGAAAUUUAAUUUGCUGCUUGUUGUCAUGUUAGUCAGGAGUGUGUUAGCAUCCUGAAUGUGUGUUGGCCGGUUUAAUGUCAGCUGGUCAGUAGCACUUAACACUGCUUCAGAACUAAUCUUUAGGGUAAGACGUAAUCAUCCUAUGGUUUAAACAGAGUCAGCUUUUUACUUCAGCCAAAUCCUUCUACCUACUUUCCGUCACUUGAGACCAAACACAUGUAACUGGCAAGAAUGAAAGGCUGCUGUCAGAAUAUCUGUGCAGUUUAUAUGUCAUAAUGUUUCUAGGAGCGCUCGUGGUCUUCUUCAGGAACUUCAGGGUAUCCAUCCUUAUCUGUCGCUGCACGAACAAUGAAGUUGUUAAUUGGCCUGUUACAUUCACCGCUGACUUCAUUUGGUCUUUUUUCCUUGUCCCAACACUGUUUAGAGUCUUUAACUGUGGUUAACAACCAGUAUCAUCCAGGCCUUAAAGGACUGCGUGGUUUUCUCAAAAAGAUUAAAAUGAUCAUUUAACUGUU